AGUGGCGGAGGGGAAGCGGCGCCGCGGAGGGGCCGGAGCGGGACCAGGACCGGGAACGGGAUUGAACCGGGAAUAGGGAUCGGGAACGGGAUCCGGAACAGGGAGCGGGAACGAGAACGGGCAGCGGGAGCCUCCCCCCCCGCCCGCAGCUCCAGCCUCUCCCCCCCCCUGCACCCACCAUGGGGGACAUGAAGACCCCGGACUUCGACGACCUCUUGGCCGCCUUCGACAUCCCCGACAUCGACGCCAACGAGGCGAUCCACGCCGGGCACGAGGAGCCCGACCCGCCCCUCAAACCCGGCCCGGGGGACUCCUCGGGGACAGGGGGGGGAGCCCCGCCCCCCGAGCACGUCCUGCCCCACCCCGACAUCUCGGCCGUCAGCGUCAUCGUCAAGAACACGGGGUGCCCCGAGCAGCUGGAGCCGCUGGACGGCCGCGGGAAGGACGGACACGGGAUGGCGGGAGGGCACGGGAUGGGCGGGACACCGGGACACGGGAUGGGCGGGACACCGGGACAUGGAAUGGGCGGGACACCGGGACAUGGAAUGGGCUCCCGGCUGCUCCACAACGGAUUCGGUGCCGCUGCCGACGCGCCGCGAUCGCCCGGGCACAGGGCGGGGGAGUCGGCGGCCAACGGGGAGUGCUGGGCCAAGGAGAAGGGUCCAAGGCUGGAUCUGUUCUCCCACUUCAGCCCCGAGCCCGGCGAGGAUCCCGCCCUGCUGGACAGAGCCCGGGAGGGCAAAGGCAAGGAGAAGGCGCUGGCGGUGCCCUGCCUGUCGCCCUCCCCGACCACGCCGGGCCUGGACUGCAAGGAGGGCUCGGGGGACCUGCCCUCGGCCUUCCCGCAGCCCUUCGAGCCCAACCAGGCCGGCGGCACCGACGGAUCCCGCCCCGGCCCCGCCAUCAAAAAGGAGGAAUCCGACUCGGAGGAGCUGCCGGGGCGCCAGCCCAGCCCCAAGGGGUUGGGGACAGCCCUCGGGGACAGCCCCCUGGAGCACCUCAAGUCCGUCACCGUGCGUUAUUCCGCCGAGGAUUCGCCCCUCCCGCCCUGGCCGGGCGCGGAGGCCGCCCUGGGCGAGGCCGGGAGCGCGGCCGAGGGGAAGCGCUCGCCCCGCGGCAGCCCCCGGGAGCCCUUCUUCAAACCCCCGUCCCCCGGGCUGGCCCCCUCCCCAAAGGACGGGCUCUCCCUCAAGGAGGAGCAGGAAGGGCUGGAUAAAUCCACGGGGAGCCCGCAGAGCAUGUCCAGCGCCGAGGAGGAGGAGGAGGAGGACGAAGAGGAGGAGGAGGAGGAGGAGGAGAACAACAACGACUCGCCUUCCUCCGGCUCCUCGCGGCCACUCAAGGUGAGGAUCAAAACCAUCAAGACCUCCUGCGGCAGCAUCACCAGGACGGUCACCAGGGUGUCCUCGGACUCGGAGCCGGGCUCCACCAAGGGCCCGGGGGGCGAGCAGAGCUCCCGGGAGCCCUCCCUGGAGGGCCCGAAGGAGGACGGGAUCCCGGAGCCGCCCCCCAAGGACAGAGCGGAGCUGGGCAGCCCCUCGAAGGCGGCGGAAGGGCCCAAGAUCGUCAGCGUCCAGCUGGGCAACGGCACGAAGCUGCAGGGCACGGUGCUGCCCGUGUCCACCAUCCAGAGCGCCAGCAGCGCCAUGCUCAUCGCCGCCAGCGUGGCGCAGCAGAAGUCCGUGGUGCUGCCCGCCAAGCCCGGCAAGGCCGUGGCCAAGAACAUCAUCAACCUGGUGCCGCAGAGCCUGCCCAGGGUCGACGGCAGGGCCGGUGGCGCCGGUGCCGCCCCGGCGGCGGCGGGCGGGCAGAAGGUGAACGGCGCCGCGGUGGUGAUGGUGCAGCCGCCGAAGCCGCGGCCCGCCGUGGCCGGCACCGUCAUCUCCCGCAGCCAGUCGAGCCUGGUGGAGGCCUUCAACAAGAUCCUCAACAGCAAGAACCUGCUGCCCACCUACAAGCCCAACCUGAGCCCGCCCGCCGACGCCAGCCUGGCGCUGCCACCCUUCGGCUACCGCUGCCUGGAGUGCGGCGACGCCUUCGCCCUGGAGAAGAGCCUGGCGCGGCACUACGACCGGCGCAGCAUGAGGAUCGAGGUCACCUGCAACCACUGCACCAAGCGCCUGGUUCUUCAACAGUGCAGCCUCCUCCUGCACGCCCGCGAGCACAAGGACAAGGGGCUGGUCAUGCAGUGCUCCCACCUGGUCAUGCGCCCCAUCGCCCUGGACCAGAUGGUGGGCCAGCCCGACAUCACCCCCCUGGUGCCCGUGGCUUCCUUUCCUGCCGCUGGGAGGGUGGCCCAGGAGGGCCCCGGCGUGGCCAACGGGGCGCAGGAGCCGCCGGUGCUGCCCCUGGGAGGGUCGGAGCAGGGCAGCUACAGCUGCUUCAGGUGCCUGGAGUGCAAGGAGCAGUGCAAGGACAAGGCCGGGCUGGCGGCACAUUUCCAGCAGCAGCAGCAGCAGCAGCAGGGAGGGAGCGCCGGGUGCUCCACGUGCCCCAUGGAUCAGGUCAACCGUGCAGCUUCAGCGUCUCACCAGCGGAUGCACCGCAGCCGCCCCCCCCACGUCUGCCCGGAAUGCGGGAAUUUCCUGCUGGCCAACUUCGAAUCCCCUAAGGAGUACUGCCUGCACUUCUCCCGCAGGGUGGGAUACAGGUGUCCCAGCUGCGCCGUGGUCUUCGGGGGGGUGAAUUCCAUCAAAUCCCACAUCCAGACUUCCCACUGCGAGGUUUUCCACAAGUGUCCCAUCUGUCCCAUGGCCUUCAAGUCGGCUCCGAGCGCCCACGCCCACGUGUACACCCAGCACCCGGGAUUUGGGAACCAGCAAUCCAAGCUGAUCUACAAGUGUGCCAUGUGUGACACGGUGUUCACGCACAAGCCGCUGCUCUCGGCCCACUUUGACCAGCACCUGCUCCCGCAGCGCGUCAGCGUCUUCAAGUGCCCGCAGUGCCCGCUGCUCUUCGCCCAACGCACCAUGCUCGAGCACCUCAAGAACACCCACCAGCCCCAGAAGGCCAAGGAGGACGGGGCCCGGAAGGUGCUGCUGACCCCCAAGCAGGAGCCCCUGGAGACUCCCGUGUCCAAGAUUUCCGAGGAAUCCUCGUCGUCCACGGAGGAGGACGAGCCCCCGAGUUCCCCGGAGCUGCGCAAGGCCAAGAGGAGCCGAUUCCAGCGGAAAACGGGAUCCAAAUCCAAGGGCAGCGGCUGGACCUGCGGGGUCUGUCACUCCUGGUUCCCCGAGCGCGACGAGUACGUGGCCCACAUGAAGAAGGAGCACGGGAAGUCGGUGAAGAAGUUCCCGUGUCACCUCUGUGAACGUUCCUUCUGCUCGGCCCCGAGCCUGCGCCGGCACGUCCGGGUCAACCACGAGGGCAUCAAACGGGUCUAUCCCUGCAGGUACUGCACAGAGGGCAAAAGGACCUUCAGCAGCCGCCUCAUCCUGGAGAAGCACAUCCAGGUCCGGCACGGGAUCAAGGUCACGGAUCAGAUGAGGAGCCAGGAGGUCGUGAUUUCCCGGAUCGGGAGCGGCCCCUCCCAGCUCUCGGGCCGGAAGAGGAAACUCUCCUCGGACGAUUCGUGCAGCGAGGAGCCCGACAGCACCACCCCCCCCUCCAAGACCCCCAAGGGGGAGCGCAAAGGGCCCCUGAGGUGCCGCAAGUGCGGGUACUUGGCCAGCAGCGCCUCCGACUUCCAGGAGCACAUCCCGCAGCACCGGACUGACGGGAGCUCCCACCAGUGCCGGGAGUGUGGGCUCUGCUUCACCUCCCAGGUGUCCCUCAACCGCCACCGCUUCAUCACCCACAAGAAGAAGAAGGGCCCGGGGGACGGGGAGGAUCCGGCCCCGGGGCCCCGGAGCCCCCGGGAAGGGGGAUCCCAGAGCGCGGGGAACGACGGGAAACUGGUGUGCAAAGUGUGCGGGAGGGGCUUCGACAGCCAGCUCAACCUCAAGACCCACUUCAGGACCCACGGCAUGGCCUUCAUCAGGGCCAGGCAGAACAACGGCCCCGAGAACUGAGGGGGAGCCUCUGGAAUUCCCUCCGGAAUUCCCCCUCGGGACCCUGCGGAACGACAGCCCCAAGAACUGAGGGGGAGCCCGGCCCGGCCUCUGGAAUUCCCUCCGGAAUUCCCCCUCGG